AGAGGAGGAGGAGGGCGUGUCUGGAAGGGGGGUCUCCUGGGUGCAUCUCCUGCUGCCAUCAGCAGGGACCAAUGGCAUGGAGCAGAGCUGCAUUGCGUAAAAACAUGGACUGGUGCUGUGGUGGGUAAAGCAUCUGCGCUGAGCACUGAGAAGCAGAGCUCCCAGGCCAGCCCUGUCCCACUUGGGUCAUCUACAAAUUCUCUGCUGCUGCGAGCCCUGAGGGCAGGAACUGACUUCUUCCUUGCAGUGGAGCGGGUGGGAGGCUCAAGACGGUGGUGAGCAAGUGGGAGAACAUCCAGAGAUGCCCUGGUUUCAUGUGAUGUCCUGGUAAUCUCCAGCUUACUCUUCUCUCUGUAUGAUUUCUACAACGUUGUUUGGACAGCUUCUGAGGGAUGAGAUGGAGCGUCCUUGUUUCAUCCCACCUGGGACCAACAGCAGCCAGAGCAGGACGCUGUCAUUCCUUUUGGGCGGCUUUCCAGUGUGGGAAACUACUCGGAUGUGGUCUGUUCCUCUCUGCUUCAUGUACCUCCUGGCACUGCUGGGGAACUUGACCAUCCUUGCCAUCAUCGGGACAGACCAGAGCCUCCAUGUACCCAUGUAUCUCUUCCUUGCUAUGCUCGCUGUCGCCGACCUCGGCUUGUCCACAUCCACCUUCCCAACCAUGCUGAGGAUGCUGUGGCUGGAGGACAGAGAGAUCAGCUUUGGAACCUGCCUUGCCCAGAUGUUCUUCAUCCACAUCUUUGCUGAUAUCGAAUCUGCUGUCAUCCUGGCGAUGGCCUUUGAUCGCUACGUGGCCAUCUGCCACCCCUUACGGUAUUCCUCUAUCCUCACCAACUCAGUGACCACCAAGAUAUGCGUGGCAAUCAUCAUGAGGGCCACCGUUGUCCUGUUCCCACUCCCAGUCCUGCUGAGCCAGCUGUGUUUCACCAGGGUCAGGAAGCUCUCCCAUCCCUACUGUCUUCAUCCUGACAUCAUCAAACACGCAGGCUCAGAUGUGAGGAUUCACAGCACCUAUGGCCUCUUUGUGCUGCUCUCCACACUGGGUUUGGACUUGCUCUUUGUCCUCCUGUCCUACCUGUUCAUCCUUAAGACCAUCCUGAGCGUUGCAACUUGGAGGGGGCGCCUCAAAGCCCUCAACACCUGCAUCUCUCACAUCUGUGCUGUCCUGCUCUUCUUUAUCCCCAUGAUCUGCCUGUCCAUGAUGCACCAGUUCAUCAAACACGUGUCCCCCCAGGCCUACACUUUCACAGCCAACCUCCACUUCCUUGUCCCACCCAUCCUGAACCCUAUUGUGUACAGUGUUAAAACCAAACGCAUCCGCAGGCGGAUGCUGGAGAUGGUUUGCCAAAGAGAGCUCCACAAGGCCAGAGGGGGCAUUUGCCAGUAAAGCCAAUAUGACAGUCACUGCCAGUGGUCCUAGGCAAUGUUCAAUACUAAAGAAGAUCAUCCAGGAGUGGGGAACAUGCUAAGCAUCUCUGCUGUCAUAAGGAUAUAUGGUGAGUAAGGACAUAAGAAGGUGAUUCUGCCCCUCUAAUUCACUCUCAUGAAACCACACCUGGAGCCCUGCAUCCAGUUCUGGUGUCCUCAGCACAGGGAGGACAUGGAGCUGUUGGAGUGAGUACAGAGGAGGCCACGGAGAUGAUGUAAGGGGCUGGAGAACCUCCCGUCCAAGGACAGGCUGGGAGGGUGGGGGUUGUCCAGCCUGGAGAAGAGAAGGCUGAGGGAAGACCUUAGAGUAGCUUCCAGUGCAGAAAGGGGCUCCAGGAAAGCUGGGGAGGGGCUCUUGACCAGGGAGUGCAGGGAUGGGACAAGGGGAAUGGGUUUGAGCUGCAAAAGGGGAGAUUGAGAUGAGAUCUUAGGGAGAAAUAUUUUGCUGUGAGGGUGGGGAGGCCCUGGAACACGUUUCCCAGAGCAGUGGUGGCUGCCCCAUUCCUAGGGGUGUGGAAGGCCAGGUUGGAUGGGGCUUGGAGCAACCUGAUCCCAUGGGAGCUGUUCCUGUCCAUGGCAGAGGUUGGAACUGGAUGGGCUUUGAGGUCCCUUCCAACCCAAACCAUCCCAGGACUCCAUGAUCAAAGGGACUUGUGGAAAUGUGGUAAAUGUACUGUGGGAUGUUCAGAAGAAGAACCAGGGGCGAGGGAAAGGAGGAGUCCAACUAUGUCAGGAACGAAAAUAGAGAAGUGCUGACAAAGGGGUU